AAAAAUGAUGUCGCAAAAAAAAUUUAAUUUCAACGGCAUCUCAUCCCAACUCAAAAGUCGUCAAUUUGCGUCCACCACGUUGCCAUCGCAAAAACCUAGUAGCAAAUAGAAUUUUUUUUUUUUUGCGUCUGCAAGGUACACCCCGAUGCAAAUAGUAACUUUUUAGCGCUAAAAAAGUGUACGCGCGAUCGGGCGGGUAAGAAAUGGCGGGGGGAAGGGGGCGAAAAGUUCUAAAUUUUUUGGGAGAAUUAAAUUAAUAUUGUUUCCUGUUCCCCAAAUCAAUAUCUCUCCUAAUUUCUCUCCCAAUUAUUUUCCUGGGUGUGUUUAAAUCGGUAAGAAUCCUGCCGAAACUCGUUUUCCCCAAAACCCCAAGUCGAACUCCUCACCUUACUUUGCUGGGAUCUGCUUAAGAAUCCUACCAAACAAAAUUUAUCUCGGUGUUUUCCAAGUCUUAAUCAGUUGGGUGUGUUUCAAUCGGCUAAGAAUCCUUUCGAAACGAAAUCAAUCUCGGCAAAGAAUCCUACCGAAAUCGAGAGGAUACACUGAUAACAAAGCACCAGAGCACCUCAACGACGACCACACAGGGGUUUCCGACAAGACAAUGAAGACAAUUUCUCUCACGUACGUGAUUCUACCAGGCAAACUCUCUAAUGCUUCAAUUUUAGGUUCAGGAGUCGAUAUUCCACCAAGCAAACUCUCUAAUCCUCAACUCUCCCAAGAAUCUUUUCCAGGGCUGAACACCACGUACGUCUUCCCUGCUACCUCAUGAUUCCACCAUUGAUAUUGUGGAAAGGCAACCAUGGCUAAGAGAAAGGCUAGUAAACAACCUCGCACAAUGGCUGAGGCAGUACAAAUAAGUUUAUCCAAGGUGGUACAGGAGGAUCCAACACCGUGACCGUUGGAGGAUGCAUAACCAUCUCAAGUAACGCAACCAUCUCAGGCUCCACAUCUGCCUCAGCCAAUACAACCGCUUUCAAAUGAAACGGGUACGUAUUAUUUUUUUAGGAUGGAAGCACAUGAUAGGCUCAAAUUUUUUUUUGUUCUUUAACCUACUGAAAGUGAAUGACAUGGAAAUCAAAUUCAAUGCUAUGCCCCUUGAUUAUUACAAGUUACCACCAACUGAUUUUUCAACUCCGGAGACAUCUAUGAAGAUGUGUGAUCGAGGCAGUGCUAAGGGCAUUCACCAAUGGGGUACUGGAACUAAACUAAAAAUCAUGUUCGAUAAUGAUUUCCAGCCAUUGAGAGAUGAAGGCAGCCGAUUGAAAGGACAACUGGGCACAAUGGUACGCAACCCCCAUCGAGUUCCCUUGACUUAUCUUGAUUGGAAUUCAGUACCUGAAGAGACCAAAAGCGCUAUUUGGAAGGAGAUUGAGGAUAACAUUGAGGAUUGUCCGGCAAACUUUCAGCCAAUAGCCAUGCGUUCAUGUAACAAAUUAUGGAAAGAUCAUAAGGCUAAGACAAAGGAUAAAUAUUAUACUAAACAUGAAGAAGAUCCAGAUAUAGUGUUGAAAGUGCCUAAGAGAGUAUUGCCAGAUCAGUGGAAAGAACUUGUGAGCUAUUGGAGGGCUGAGGAUGCCAAGGAUGGUCAUGAAAAAGUAUGCUUGGUGAGUUACACUAUUCCAAAACACAAUGUGGUAGAGGGAAUUGUUGUUAGUAAGGACCCAUUGGUGAAAGUAGAUGGAAAGCCAUUGGGUUCUGAUUUUUGGAAAGUGCUCGUUAAAAAAGCAAAAAUACCUAAUGCUUCUUUGGAAAGACCUCGCAAAAAAUUUCGCACAGUUGGAGAAGCUGUUGGCUGUGCUGUUGCUUGGAGGUCUUGUGAUGUGUUUGUCGAGGAAUAAAGUGUGCAACGAUGAACAAGCUAGAUGCAAUAUUUUGGGUUCCGCUUAUUUUGCAUUCUAACCGAGGUUCCUAUUUUGUCGAGGACUUAACUGUGCAACGAUCAAGAAGAUGCAAUAUUUUGGGUUAAACUUAUUUUACGUUGUAGUGUUAAACAAACUAAACUGAGGUUCUUGUUUUGUUUGACGUACUAUAUAUUGGCUAUGUCUAUUUUAGCUUUUAUUUCCGAAACAUAUUACUCCUG